GUGCUUGUCAUUCACUAGAACAGAAAACCCAGGGCUAGGGCCACUUCCUGUAGGUAAAAGAUUGACACAGUAGAAGCAAUCAAAACAGAAAGGCAAAAAACUGUUGCAUGUCACUUACAGGCCGAGCAACAGUAAGGUACGGCAUCCACAGAAACUUCAUCGUUUCAAGGAAUGUAAUGGAAAUGAGCAGGACAAUCACUUUAUUGUUCUUGGCCUCACAAGUGUCCUUCACAGAGGCCUCGUCUGCGAGUGACCCAACGUAUUGCUAUGUUUUAGAUGUUCUCCUGCUGCUGUAUUCUAUCCUUUUUACUGCUCUCUACUUCAGAGAGAAGUUUACGAAGGAAGGGCCUGUUCCUCCAGAUCCUGCAUCGCCGGAACGUAACCCCAAUGAGCCUGUCUAUACAGACUUGGAUCUGCCUCAGAUGAGUUCCGAUUAUCAGCAACUGGAUAGACCGAUUAGAAGACGAGAGCCAGAGACACAUUAUCAGGAACUGAGAGCACAUACAAGUGACGAAUACCAGGAAAUACGAACUAAGGGGAAAAAGCCUCGCAAAGGAAAGGGCCAAUCUAACGAGGGUCGAACAGGGAGAAACAGGGAUGCAGCUGAGGCUGUGGAGAUGGAAGCUUUUCCCACUGCAAUUAACAAUUAACACAAUUAACACAAGCAAAGGAGCAACUUGUAUCUGCCAACUAACAGACAAAUUCUAUAUCUUUGUUGGAUGCAUUUUUAUGUCUUUUUUUUUGUAUUUGUUACUUUGGCUAAUCUGUAUUCUGUAGUCUUGCAUACACUACCAUUCAAUGGUUUGGUGUAGUGAAUUUUUCAUUUGAAAAAAAAAAAAAAAUUAAUACUACUAUUUAGAAAGGAUGCAUGAAUUUGAUCAAAAGUGUCAGUAAAGACGUGUUUAAAAUGUUAAAACGUCCUUCAAAUAAAUGCUGUUCUUUUGAACUUUCUAUUCAAAGAACCCAGAAA